AUGCUUAUUGCUGCUCCUCUAGGAGAUAUCUAUUCGUCACUAGACACCCCUCCCCCUGUCCGUGUCCAUGUUUCCUUCCUUGACUGCGAAGACGAUCCGAAAGGCGCAUACAGGCGGACGCAGUACCUCUUCCUCACCCGCACGGACCUCGAUCGACCCGGUUUCGAAGGCCCAAAUGCGUCUGCUCGCCAUGGGGGGGAUUGUAGAAUGGAGCUUCACAAUCCUUUCCUCCAACCACUCCCCUUUGUGUACGACGACGCGGUCAACGGCAAGAAGGCGGCAAUCAGCGAGGAUGCGCCCGUGGGACACUUCCGCUACAUCCAUCCUGCGAAGCUAUGCGGACUGUAUCCCCGCAGGGGCGCGUUGAUCCCAGGGACAGCCAUCGGGAUCCUUCUCUGGAACCAUUUUCCAUCACCAACAGUCUACUGCAUCAUAGCGUUGACUAUCCGUUCGAAGGGAGGACAGUAUCUCAAUGGCCGCGAUACACGUUGCUUCGAGGGGUGGUAG